AGCAGGCACCCUUGGUGCAUAUGCUGGAGCCCAUAGAGGAGCUAUCAGAAGAGGAAAAAGAAAUUGAGAAGGGUGAUUAUAAAACAGGUAGAAGUAACAACUAUUUAAUAGAUGCUUUGAAGACUUACCCUUAUUUAACUAAAGAAUUACGAAUUGAUUUGGAGCAAGUCCUGGAAGACAAGCUGAAAUCCUUGGGCAUUAAAGCAGGUGUUCGCGGUAUCCCCAGUGAUCGCUUAAAUAAAAUUUUGCGUACUAUUGAAUCUGCUAGAGAAUGCAAACAGAAGCAAGUGCCUGACAUUCACCGAAUUCGAGAGGAUCUUGAACGACAAGUUAGCUUUAGGAUUAAAGAGAAAUCAUCAUCUUGUAAUGGACUUGUUUCCCAUCCUCAGCUUCAUUCAGAAGAUAAACAGAAGUUCAAUCAAUUGGGAGUUUCAUUAUCUGCCACACCACGAAAACCGGUAAAACGAUCUUCAACAGCUGUCCGCCCAGCUGAACAAAGAACAGCCAUUGCUGAGAAUACGUCUACACCAAAAUCCAGAAAGCUUUUUGGAAAUGAGGUUUCCAGAAAGACGUCCAGCAUCACAACUCCACCAUUCAGUUCAGAGGAAGAAGUAGAUGAAGAUGAUAUUAAACAACUUUACCUAUCACCAGAAUUACUGCAAAACCAGUCAAAAACAUCAGGUGGCAAAGUCAGUGCCUUUCAGAAGGCUUCUGGCAAAAGUAGUGUGGAUAGGACGGAGGAAAGUGAAAUUGAAGGAACUGGAACACCUGCCAAAACUUCAAAAGGAACAGUUAUUCAGAAACUGACUGAACAAGUUGGAAAGAGUCUUUCUAACCAUGGAAAUAAGAAGAAACUGGCUGGAGGGAUUAAUGUUGCGCAGGCAUUUAUUAAAGAAGAGGUGAAGGAACUGAAGUUCACAGAAGUUGAUGAAGAUGAUUGGGAUAUAUCAUCGGUAGAAGACGACUUUUUAUUGGUGAAAGAUGACAGAGGUCAGAAGGCACUGACAGUUCAGAAAAAUGAGUCAAAUGCAGCAUCCGUGGUACACGCAUGGGGUCUUCCGAAGACAAGUGUGCCAAAGGAGGAAGGCCUUCAUGAAGCUGAUAAUACGAGCACGUUAAAAAGCAGCUUAGUCACUGUAACAGAUUGUAGUGAUUCAUCAGAUAUAUAA